AUGUCACUAAGUCACCAAAGAAUAAUUCUAGUUCUUGCGUCUUUUAGUUGCGCAAGCGCAGAUAAUUUAAAUAAAGACAAGCGUAGCUUACCGUCGCACUUUUAUUCGCAAAGCGAUGAUUUUAGUGGUGAUAUAUGUCCGCGUUAUAUAGAAAAUAAUAGAUUUAAUAUUGACAAGCUGGCGGAUGUGUGGCAGACCGUAUACCAUAGUGCGCCGGAUAAAGUGCCAUGUUUCAAAAUGUUAAUCAAGAAAGUUGGUGAGGAGGAGAGGAAAUCGAACCAAGCAAGCUAUGGAUUACUAAGUGAUGAUGUUCAUUGGGAUAAUUGCACUUUAGAGAUAAAAGCGACGGGAGUCCAAGUCGUCAAACGAAGGCACUUCUUGCAACAAACCAUCGCGAACCACGGGAUAUUGCUCAACAUUAUUAUAGAAAUGGAUACAACAAACCAUUUAAUACACGACAACCCCGAUCAAUGGUUUGUGAUGAAGAAUCUGCUGACAGUGAGAGACUGUUCCACUGGUGACCUGGUUAUUUUUAGCAGAGUGCCGUACCAGCCAGGCCGUGACGUCAUAGAGAGUCUUCUAGACAAAUUCAAGAAUAAAGAACCAGGAUCAUGGACAUGUGAUGAAACAUUAAAACCCAUUAUAAGAAACUAA